UGUUUAAUACCGCUAGUUAACGCGGAUUAAAUCAUAUUGUUGACGGUGAGAAACACACAGAUGGAUUGGUCAAAGAAUGUGAAUAUAAUAUCUACAAAAGGAUUGCAUAAUAAACUAUAUGAGAUGGCCCGGUGGGGAUUCUGAAAGAGAGAUUUUAGAUGAAAAUAGAUAGAGACAGAAUGAUAUUCGACAGACCAAUACCUGCACUAAUAUUUUAACUGUGGGACCAAAAACCGAUUAUGAUUAUUAUUGAUAAAUAGGCUAAUUUAAUGUUAUUUGUAAACAAGCUAAUUUAUCAUUAGCAUGGCAGGACUAGAGGCCUGGUGUUCAGUGUGACGCUGUUAUCAUCCAGUCAGAUAGGACUCAUGUAUUACUCUGUUACCUGCUCUAUAUUUUACUGUUUGACUACUCAAAGACCUAGUAAAUUCAUUAAUAAUGACCUGAUAAUAACAUGGUAGGCCUAUGAAUUUGUUUCUUUAGCACCAUUGUGUUAAAUUCAGUACUAGGCCACCAAGUGAUAUACCAAGCUACAAUUUCCCAGUUGGAUCAUUACCUGGUAAAUACUAGCAAGAACAGUGUCCAGUAAGGAGAAAGAGAUCAACUGAACAAAUGUUAAUUUCUAUAAAUCUCUAAUAAUAGUUACCUGAUAGCCACUUCAGAUGUCUAAGGUAAAGAGUAGUGAGACUGUGAAGGUUGUGGUUCGCUGUCGCCCGUUAAACCGGAAAGAGGCAGCUGGUGUUACCGGGACACCAGGAGGAAGGGGCGGGAUCGUAGAGAUGGAUGUACAUCGGGGUCAGGUGGUCUUACGGAACCCUCGCGCUCUGCCUGGCGAGCCGCAGAAGACGUUUACGUUCGACUCUGUGUAUGACGCAUCGUCUAGACAACGUGACCUGUACGAUGAGACGGUACGCCCGCUGAUCCACUCAGUCCUGGACGGGUUUAAUGGAACCAUCUUUGCCUAUGGCCAGACGGGCACCGGAAAGACCUACACCAUGCAGGGAGCGUGGCUAGAGCCAGAGACGGGCGUCAUCCCCAACGCCUUCGAACACGUCUUCACCCAGAUCUCCCGCUCCGCCGCCGACCGCCAGUACCUGGUCAGAGCCUCUUACCUGGAGAUCUACCGAGAGGAGAUCAGGGAUCUACUGGAUCCUAACGUGCACACCCCUCAUGUCCCCAACGUGCACACCCAGCCCCCCCACACCCUGGAGCUGAGAGAGAGCCCGGAGAGCGGGGUGUAUGUGCGUGACUUGACAUCGUGUGUGUGUAAGAGCGUGAAGGAGAUAGAGGAGCUGAUGAACUUAGGGAACCAGGUGCGCUCAGUGGGAGCGACAGACAUGAACGAACACUCUUCCCGUUCCCACACCCUGUUCCUCAUCACGGUGGAGUGUUCCCAGAUGGGGCCGGAUGGACGGCAGCACAUCAGGGUGGGCCGGCUCAACCUGGUUGACCUGGCGGGCAGCGAGCGGCAGGCAAAGACGGGCGUCCACGGAGAACGCCUGAAGGAAGCCGCUAAGAUCAACCUGUCUCUGUCAGCGCUAGGCAACGUGAUCUCAGCCCUGGCAGACGGGCGUAGCGGCCAUGUUCCCUAUCGGGACUCUAAACUGACCCGGUUAUUACAGGACUCUCUGGGAGGGAACGCCAAGACGGUGAUGGUGGCUACACUAGGCCCCGCCCCCCAACACUACGAGGAGACCCUCACCACUCUCCGCUACGCUAACAGAGCUAAGAACAUCAAGAACCAGCCAAGAGUUAACGAAGACCCUAAAGACGCCCUGCUCAGAGAGUUCCAGAAGGAGAUUGCACGGCUCCGCGCACAGCUCAGCCACAGGGAAGGGAGGGGCAAACACAGGAAGGAGGAAGGGGAGGAGGGCUGGGACGGAGAAGGGGAUGAGGAGGGAGAAGAGGAGGUGGAGAAGGAGAGGAAGCUGCAGAAGGAGAGGCUGGAGGAGGAGAAUAAGGCCAUCAGAGAAGAUGGAUCACUAUUGGCUGUGGAGAAGCAGAGGCUUCUGGGAGAGAAGGAGAUAAUGAUGGGAGAUCUGAGGAAGGAGCGGGACACCACCAAGCAGUUGACUGCCAAGUACAAGGCGAUGGAGAGCAAGCUGCUGGUUGGAGGGAGGAACAUCAUGGAUCACACCAGCGAACAGCAGAAGACCCUGGAGACACGCAGACAGGAGAUCUCUGAGCAGAGUCGUAGAGAGAGGGAGAUUCUGCAGCAGGUGAUGGUUCAGGAUGAAGAGACUCUAGAACUCAGAGAGACAUUCUCCUCCCUGCAACAGGAGGUGGAGGCCAAGACCAAGAAGCUCAAGAAGCUCUAUGCUAAGCUGCAGUGUGUGAAGGCUGAGAUCCAGGAUGUUAAUGAUGAGCACGUCAGGAGUCGACAGGAGCUGGAGCAGACGCAGAACCAACUCACCAGAGAACUCAAGUUCAAGUAUCUGAUCAUAGAGAACUUCAUUCCUCCUGAGGAGAAGAAUAAGAUCAUGAACAGACUUACCCUUGACCCUGAGGAGGACCAGUGGAAGUUCCAACUCCUCACCCCCUCCGAGAGUCAGAUGAAGAAGAGGCUAGCCUCGGCAGUCGGAUACAAACGACCAAUCAGCCAGUACGCACGGGUUGCCUUAGCGAUGGGCGCCCACUCCAGAUACCGGGCUGAAAACAUCCUGUUCUUGGAGCUGGACAUGAGUCCUCCCACCACAGUCUCAUUGGACCACUGGCCCUCAGAGGUGCGGCCUAACUGUAGCCCCUCUCCCACAGACAACGCUCCCUACAGGGAGAGAGUCACACGCGUCCGCAAGUCACGCUCCUGGUGUCAGGCCCCACGAGCCAUCACUUCCUCCUCCUCUACGGUUUCCCUGGCAACCCAUUCUACUGCCACGCCCAGUACUGCCCAGUGAAUACCCAGUGAUCUCCCUACCUACCUCUACUCUCUCUCUCUCUCUCUUUCUCUGGUGUACUCUUUACAGCAGCCUGCUAACUCCUCCCCUUUCCUCUCUUGAUCAAUCAGCUCUCAGGAGUGGGAAACCACUCAACAGUCUUUGCCUAUGCUGCCUCAUGAUUGGUUGAUCACUGCCAUGGGAGAAGCCAAAACCUGAUUGACAGAAACAGAUCUACUGCCUCAAGGACUCCACUACCCAGACUACCCUGGGGGAAUGAAGGAGAAACCAUCCAUCAUUCUCUCGCUCCUCAUUCCUGCAGGAGCUCUGCCUGUCUGUCUGUCUGUCUGUGCAUUUUGGCAGCCCAGGGGAGUCAGAAGUGAAACUCACAAUAAAUAAAGACAGCAGGAAACUGAUUUGUGGUGCUCAAAACAAGGUAGUUAUUUAAGAGGUU